UGGGAUCGAGUAGCGGCAGGAAGAUGGACAAAGAUGAACUGGAGCGGACCAAGAAUGUUCACAAAAUUCUACGCCUGACAACUCUGUUGCACAAACGGAUCCUUAUGGAUCUCCUGUCGUCCUCAUCCUCGGUUCCGUCGAAUGUUGCCCUCGACGCGCUUUUAGUACAAUCAGGCGCUCUCCUUGCUGCUUCGGACGAUUUGGUGUCCACUCUUUAUGUCCCACAAAAUUCGCAGACGGUACAUGAAGAGUUACAAUCAUUCUUGGACGUCGUCAAAGCGCUGCAGACAGGACUCCAAGCAUUCUUUCCAGCUGCAGAGGAUUUGGAGAAGCAAUUCAGUAAAGUCACCAUCCAAGGCGUCGGCGUCACUCAAGGCUCAACAGAACAAACUGGAGAUAAGGUGAAGACGAACAAGAAGUGGUUUGACACAUGCUUCGAUCAGAUAUAUAAGUUAGGAGCGACCUUUGAGAAUGCGUUGAAGCAGAAUAUAGCUGAUUCUGUACGUGGAUCAUGACAUCCAGAUUAUUUUCUGUU